UCCCUGGGAGGUGAUAUCAUAUGAUGGUAAUAACACUUACCAAAUAAAUCUGUGUGGGAGAGUCCCUGCGUACAGUGCAGGGGUCGGGAAACACAACUGCCACAAUGAUACAGUGGUAUGCAUGGUCCAAGACGGGCAGGCUUUCUCCCUGGCCAAUUACACCAACAACACAAUAAACGCUCCAUCGAACGACCAAGAAGCAGAGAUAUCGAUAGUGAGGAACGGCGAUGGGUGUCCUGAUUUUGCUGGAGAGGAUCUGAACAGUAUCAUCAACUUUAAAUGCGGCAAAACUCUGAAAAGAAGAACAUUAAGGCAGACAUUACAGAGACAAAUAGAAGAACAGGAACGUCUGGCCCGAAUUGCCACCCAGAAAAAGCCUGGGGUGGAGGGCAAUGGCAGUGACCCGGGGCGAGGGCCUGUGGGGCAGGGCAAUGGCUACAACCUGCCUGUUGACCAUCCCCCUCCCCGUGUAGGUCACAGACUGUCCUACACGGAGGCCACAGGGGGACAGAUGUACUCCCCCCCCCCCUCCUACAGAACUGUCAUCCACUCGGCCACCAUCAAUAACCCUGUGUACAUGGAUAAAAGCGCAGUGGAUAACUAUGUGUAGACAUUAUAGUCAUACAUGUACAUAUUUAAAGUGGGCAUUUUAUUGUGUAUUAAGCAAAUGUUUAUUCAUAGCCAUGGGUAAAGUUGAAUUGUUGA